GGAGAGUCAAGCUGGCCAGUUACUGCACUUCUGAUGAGUUCGCCACUUCCCUGCUCUCCAUCACAUGCCCGUCGGCCCCCAGCCCCGCGCUCGGAACCCGCCGUUUUCGCGACUCAGCCGGCCUCGUGGACCUUUUCUCUCCCGGACCUGUUUCCGGGCGGUCCGCGCGGUUGGAACGUGUUAGGGCCGAGGUUCCCAGGACUGGGAAGAGGACGGGCGUGAGCAACCAUGGCCGGGCAGUGCUUCCCGGUACCCCGGCUCGAGGGCGUUUCGCAGGAGCAGUUCAUGGAGCACCUGUAUCCGCAGAGAAAACCUCUAGUGUUGGAAGGAAUUGAUUUGGGGACAUGUACAAGCAAAUGGACAGUGGAUUACCUAAGCCAAAUUGGAGGGAGGAAAGAGGUGAAGAUUCAUGUUGCUGCAGUUGCCCAGAUGGACUUCAUUAGUAAGAACUUUGUGUAUAGAACUUUACCUUUUGGCAAGUUGGUUCAGAGGGCAGCUGAAGAAAAGCAUAAGGAAUUCUUUAUUUCAGAGAAUGAGAAGUACUACCUACGAUCACUUGGAGAAGACCCUAGAAAGGAUGUUGCAGAUAUCAGAAAGCAGUUUCCUUUAUUGGAAGGAGAUAUUAAGUUUCCAAAAUUCUUCAAAGAAGAGCAGUUCUUUUCCAGUGUUUUUCGAAUUAGCUCACCAGGGUUACAACUUUGGACCCACUAUGAUGUAAUGGAUAACUUAUUAAUACAAGUGACAGGAAAAAAGCGUGUUGUACUAUUCAGUCCUCGAGAUGCCCAAUAUUUAUAUUUAUCAGGUACUAAAUCAGAAGUACUGAAUGUAGAUAACCCAGACUUAGCUAAAUAUCCACUGUUUUCCAAGGCUAGACGGUAUGAAUGUUCCCUUAAAGCUGGAGAUGUAUUAUUCAUUCCUGCUUUAUGGUUCCAUAAUGUAAUAUCUGAAGAGUUUGGAGUGGGAGUGAAUGUCUUUUGGAAGCAUCUUCCAUCUGAAUGCUAUGAUAAAACGGAUACCUAUGGAAACAAAGAUCCUACAGCAGCAUCAAGAGCUGCACAAAUUUUGGACAGAGCCUUAAAAACCCUGGCUGAAUUACCAGAGGAAUACAGGGACUUCUAUGCACGGCGAAUGGUCUUGCACAUUCAAGACAAAGCCUAUAGCAAAAACUUUGAAUAAAUAUUGAAGUGAAUGCAGUGAGCAUAAACUUUUAAAUACAGUUCAACUCAAAUAUUGGAGAAGUAUAACAAGAUGUAAAUUAUUUUCUUAAAGAUUUAUCCUUUGUUAAAAUAGGAAAGAUACAUCAAUCUCAGAUUUACAGAUUAAAGAAGUAUGAAGACAUGUUUGUGUGGU